AUGGUCAGCCAGUUUAUGGUUCGGGGCACCAAUAGCCCAAUGCAGUGGCUGUUAGAUCUACGCACCUACGGCUUGAAGAUCCAUUAUAACAGCACCGCCACAGGCCAUGUUGGCUGGAUGAACCAAGACCAGCUGUUAUAUCAACAGUACAGUUUCACUAUGGGUGACUUCCGCGGCUUUACCCACGCCCUCGUAAGCUCCACACGCCAGAUACUACACGAAGAGCUCCUGUUUAGUCAGGCUAGCUCAGUUCCCACGAUCCCGUGGCAGGCUAUCUAUGAUGAUCCCACCGAGACCGCGCACGGGUGGAGCUUUCUAAAAGACACCCGUACGGUAUGGCCUGUGGCCGGUAGCGAAUGGAUGGUGAAUCGGGUCCGAAACGAGAGACCACUCCAGCAUCGUUUCAUCGAGUCUAGUGCCGGCCGGCUCCGAAUGUCGAAUGUGCACAGUUAUCUCCAACGGGUAACCCAUUUCCGCGAGAAGCUAGCCAUUGCUGUCCACGUCAGCGGAGGCCAGCCUGCACGGGCACCAGAGCUAUUAAGCAUUCGGCACUACAAUACUGACAGCGGAGGCCACCGGAAUGUGUUUGUCGAAGAUGGUCUGGUAGCGUUUGUUACGCAGUACCACAAAGGGUUUUAUAGUACGAACGACGUGAAGGUUAUUCAUCGGUAUCUACCCCGGGAAGUAGGUGAGCUAGUGGUUUGGUAUCUAUGGCUAGUGCUGCCGUUUGUGGAGAGAUUGGAGGCGUACACACAGAAGGUGCGCGGGGAGGCAUCUAAUGCUGAGACGACUGGGUACGUUGAAUAUAUAUAUGCCCCCAUCACACACACACCCAACACACCCAACACGCAGAUCAACACAGAGAUCAACACAGAGAUCAACACAGAGAUCAACACACAGUUCAACACAGAGAUCAAACACAUAUAUAUAUAUAUGCCCCCGCUCUCUCUCACACGCACCCACCCAACACACACAUAUAUAUACACUAACACGUUCACUACCAGCCCCCGUCGACAGGCAUAUCUAUGGUCCCCUGACCCUGGCACCGGCCGACAGUGGUCUUCAGAGAGACUAAGAGAAGUUCUAAAGCGAGAAACCACCAUUGGUUUGAACGGGCACGCCAUCAAUCUCCAUGCAUACCGAGACAUCGCCAUUGGGAUCAGCCGACGAUUCAUGCGGCCAUCGAGCAUUUUCCCCAAUAAUGCCCAACAGGACAGCCGGGCCGAGGCAUCCCAAGAAGAUGACGAAGAUGGGAUCAAUGCCGAGCAAUGGAUGGGCCAUAUUGCCGAUCUCCAAGCUGCCCAUUCAUCCCAUGUGGCCGGGAUGAUCUAUGGCCGCGGGAUCACCGAGCAGCCCGGUACAACGGCCCACCGGCGAGAGAUGUUUCGGCUCAGCAGCACCGAUUGGCACCGCUUUCUAGGCUUUGUGUCCGCUGAUGACGGAGGGGCCGAGAGCGCAUUAGGGCUCGCGCAGCCUUCGCCAUGGCAAAAAGAAGCUGAGAUGAGCCGCACGGAGCGCCGGUGGCAGCUAGCCCAGGCCGCCAUCGAGCCCGAGAUGCAACGGAUGAUGGGCAACACCGGGCUACGGCUUCGAGGGGUGCAGGCACCGGCAUUAGCUGCCAUUCAACAGGGCCAGAGCCCAGUGGUGGCUGUGAUGCCCACCGGGGGCGGCAAGAGCCUGCUAUUCAUGCUACCCGCGUGGAUCAGCCCCCGAGGGGUAACGGUGGUCGUCGUGCCGUUAAUUGCACUACGGGGGGAUCUUGUCCACCGUUGCCGGCAGCUCGGCAUCGCAUGUGUGGAAUGGGAGAGCCGGCGGCCGGCCGAUCAGGCAUCCAUUGUACUGGUCACGCCCGAAUCGGCUAUUACGGAGGACUUUAUGACGUUUUUGAACAGGCAGCGGCUCGGCCAUCGGCUAGAUCGAAUUGUGAUUGAUGAAUGCCACGUUGUGCUAAAUGACCAAAGCCAAUUCCGGCCUGCCAUGGCCCAACUGGGCAGGUUGAUCGUGGCCCAGGCCCAGAUGAUAUAUCUAACGGCUACGUUACCCCCGGCAGCCGAGGACCAGCUAUUCCGGCGUUUACGGACUACCCGCGAGAAGGCCCAUAUGUUUCGAGCGCGGACCCAUCGGACUAAUGUUGCGUACCGGCUCUGGCAACCCAACGUGCCGAGUCGGUACCGAAACGGCUACGAUUGGAUCGAGCGUCCCGAGAUCGUGAGAUUCAUUCAGGACCGUGUUCGGCGUGCCCGCUGCGCGGCUGGCCGAGUGGUCAUUUAUGGGCCCACUACUAAGAUCGUCGAGCACAUUGCCCAGAUCGUAGGCAGUGAAGCAUACCACAGCCGAGUACUCGAUCGUCCGGGGGUGCUAGCCCGAUUUCAGGCUCAUCCCACUGGGGUGGUGGCCGCAACCAGUGCGCUGGGUAUGGGGGUUGAUAUCCCCAACAUCCGGUGUAUCAUUCACAUUGGGGUGCCGCGCAGUCUGCUAGACUACGCGCAAGAGAGUGGGCGAGCGGGCCGGGAUGGUGACCGCAGUGAGGCCAUUAUCAUUCAGCCCGAGGGGUUCCAGCGGCCAAUAUGGGACCAAAUCCAUGAGGACCCCAUCAAGGCUCAGGCCGAGCAGAGCCGGCUAGAUCGUUAUAUAUAUAACGGAGGGUGUCGACGGGUUAUUCUCGAUGAGUAUCUCGAUGGGCAUCAAAGGCAGUAUUGCGGGGAUUCUGAAGCUAUGGAACAACGUUGUGAUGGCUGUGAUCCGGAGUGGCUAGCUAACGAAGAAGAGCUUGAGAGUGAGGUGGCGAGUGAGCUGGCCGUUGGGGGGGGGCAGUGA